AUGGGGAUGAAUAAUGCAGAUCUCUCGCAACAAGCUCAGAACUUGAUGGCCAAGUUAGCAGAAGUUAAGAAACAGCAGCCGGCUACCAAAGAUCAACCUCUCGAUCUUACCGAGAGGAAGCCUGGCAACGCACCUGUCGCCGACGAGCCUGUCGCUAAUUCCCCCAUCAAAGAGGAAAUGAGCCGCAGUCCUUCUCCCUCUCGUCGUCGCCAGUAUAGCCGUUCUAGCAGCUACACCCGACGCCCUCGACUCCAUCGCCACUAUGUCUUUACUUCGUCUGAAAGAUCCCAUUCACGUAGACGUUCUCGCUCCUGA